UGCGCAGCGCCAAGAUGGCGGCGGCCGCUCUCGGAGUCUCCUUGAGGCACCGCGUCCCCACACGGCUCCUGCGGGCCGGGCCGCGGGCGGAGUGCCGGGGGGCCCAGACGGCGGCGGCGGCCGCGCCGCGCCUCAAGAAAUUCGCCAUCUACAGAUGGGACCCCGACAAGGCCGGGGACAAACCCCGCAUGCAGACCUACGAGGUGGACCUCAACAAGUGUGGGCCCAUGGUGCUUGAUGCUCUGAUCAAGAUUAAAAACGAGAUGGACUCCACCCUGACCUUCCGCAGGUCCUGCAGGGAAGGCAUCUGUGGCUCCUGUGCCAUGAACAUUGGAGGGGGGAACACGCUGGCCUGCAUCAAAAAAAUCGACUCUGAUCUCAGCAAGGUCACCAAAAUCUACCCUCUGCCCCACAUGUACGUGGUGAAGGACCUUGUCCCGGACCUGAGCAACUUCUACGCCCAGUACAAAUCCAUCGAGCCGUACCUGAAGAAGAAGGACAAGUCCAAGGAGGGCAAGCAGCAGUACCUGCAGUCCAUAGAAGACCGUCAGAAACUGGACGGGCUCUACGAGUGCAUCCUCUGUGCCUGCUGCAGCACCAGCUGUCCCAGCUACUGGUGGAACGGGGACAAGUACCUGGGCCCCGCUGUCCUCAUGCAGGCCUAUCGCUGGAUGAUCGACUCCAGGGACGACUACACGGAGGAGCGGCUGGCACAGCUGCAGGACCCCUUCUCCCUCUACCGCUGUCACACCAUCAUGAACUGCACCAGGACCUGCCCCAAGGGUUUGAACCCUGGCAAGGCCAUUGCUGAGAUCAAGAAGAUGAUGGCAACCUACAAGCAGAAGGCGACGGCUGCGUAACCUCCGUGGAUCCCCUCGUGGGACCUCCCUGGAUUCCCACGUGGAUCCCCCCUGGAACCCCACAGGGGCUCCACCCGGACACAACUUACACCUGGAGGAGCUUCAAGCAGGGAGCUGUUCUUCCCAGAGGUUUGCACUUCCAAUAAAGACUGGAAAGAACAGUU